AUGGAAGCUGAAGUACAACAGUCCACCACCUCUGCGGCCUCAUCAGACGAUGAUGAUUCUCCGGACACUGACGCUGAAAUUGCGGAUGCAAGGAUAACAAAGUCGAAGAAAACAUUAAAACGAAAGCGGCGGGCGACAGAGCCCUCGCAAUUUGGUGCUACCCUGCAGAGCUUGCUUGACACUGUUGCACCCUCGGAACUGCCAUUGUCUCUCAAACCUUCCAUUGCGCGCCAGAAAAAUGGUGCAAAGCUUGAAUCGAAAGCCCAUAAAGUGCUUCAAAUAGAGAAGAAGGAAAAGGCAGAUAAAGGACGCAUACGGGAUGUUAUCGGAGGCUGGGGCGGUGAGAGUGAACGAUCGUUGCGCAAGGUUGCUCAGCGAGGAGUGGUAAAACUCUUCAAUACUAUUCAACAAUCGCAAGCGGCGGCAAACGUCGCUGUCGAACAGUCAAAAGGUUUGCGAGGAACGGGAAAGCCUACGCUUCCAGCGCCCCUGUUGGACAAGAAGCCGAAAGGAAAAGCAAAAAGCAAACACAAGGACAAUAUUAUUGGGAGAGGAAAUCCAGCAACAAUUGGGAAGGACGAUUUCUUCGACAUGAUCAGGUCGGGUGGUAUCGUCUCAAAAGUAUAA